AUGUUGACAAAGCACCUCGCCUCUUGUCUCGCUCUGCUGCCACUCCUCAGUGGACAGUCAGCUGCCGCCCCUGCGCCCUCCAAGUGCACCUUAGCAACCACCGAGACGUGGGAAGUACUCAAACCCUUGGUCGGCGGUCCUCGCCAGGAGCACGCCGCCGUGGCUCUCGGCGAUAGUAUCUACGUUGUUGCCGGCAUCGAACCCGACGCAAGCCAGCCGACUGGUGUCUCCACAAUUGACUCUGUGGAGGUGUACAACGUUCCCAAAGACGAGUGUUCCAUCCUUGGUGUCACUGGCGAUAGGAUUAUUGUUGCCGGCGGCAUCAGUCUGCUCGAGCUCGGAGAAGAUGGGCUCCAAGAGACUGUCGAUACUGUCUCGUCUUACAAUCUUAUCACAAAGGAAUGGGAGCCAUUACCUAGUCUACCUGAAGGCCGCGAGCACGCCGGGGGUGGCGUCAUCGGAAACAACUUUUACGUCGUCGGCGGCCGUUUCCGUAGCCAGACGGCAGUCCGCGACACAGUUUACGUCCUCGAUCUCAAGACGCUCAAGUGGAGCGAGCGAGCGCGAAUGCCUACCCCUCGAGGUGGUGUCUCAGUGGCUAUUGUCAGGCAACGAAUCUACACCUUUGGGGGCGAAGGAAAUCUGGAUCCGGAGGCUGGUUUCGUGUUUAACGAAACGGAGGUGUACGACACGCGCACCAACUCCUGGGAGAAGCUUCAGCCGAUGAACACCCCUCGUCACGGCAUGGCGGCUGUUGCGUACAAUGGAAGUGUCUACACGCCCGGUGGUGGCAUUCGCGACUUUGGCAUCGUUGAUAACAUGGAGGUUCUUCACCCCAACACACUUAGCUGCUCCAUCAAGGAGACACUAGAAAACUCCCUCACUCUCAACGAAAACGCGAUCCCACCAGAUGCAUCAUCGCUCUCCAAAGACCAUGUCCUCAUCGAAGUCAUCUCAGCGGGCAUCAACCCCGUUGAGUACAAGCUGCCCGAGAUCCCAGUCUUUGGCAAGUUCAUGCUCCAGCCGGAGACACCAGUCCAGGCUCAGACUUUUGUGGCCGAAUCCGUUCCAAAAACGGUGCCGACGGAUUCUCCGAGGGUCAGGUUGUCUUCGGGGCCUUGA